AUGCGUACUUGGUAUGGAAGGGGCAAAUCCCUUCAAGCAGCCGUUACUGCGUGUUGUCUAGUGGCGUUCAUCUUGUUUGGAUAUGACCAGGGCGUCUUCAGUGGCAUUGUGACAAACGACGACUGGAGGACGCAAUUUAAUUAUCCCAAUGAUUCGGAAGAAGGUAUCAUUGUCAGCUGCUACAACCUUGGAUGUCUCCUAGGAUGCUUGAUCAAUUUCUUUAUCGGCGAGUAUCUCGGACGCCGAAAGACGAUUUGGCUAGCCAUGGGAGUGGUAAUUGUUGGCGCAGUCUUGCAAACGUCGGCCUUCACCGUGCCUCAUCUGAUCAUUGGAAGAUUGGUCACUGGUGCGGGUACAGGCUUGAAGACCUCUACUGUACCUAUUCGUCUUAUCUCUUCUGAGGUUCUUUUCACUGCCGUUGGCAUCGUCGUGGCAUAUUGGUUUGACUUUGGCAUGUCCUUCGUCGGAGGGCCGAUCGCGUGGCGACUUCCUAUUGCUAUGCAAAUUAUCUUUGCUAUCUUUGUCAUCAUUCUCGUCUUCGGUCUUCCGGAAUCUCCUCGCUGGCUCAUUAAUCACGGUCAAGAGAAAGAAGCCAUAGAAGUGCUUUGCGCGGUAUAUGACAAAGAUGAAAACGAGGAGUACAUCGUCAAUGAGCGCCGUGCAAUUCUAUCCGCUAUUGAGCUGGAGAAUACUGCCAACAAGAAGUCAUUCUGGAAGAUCUCCCGCAAUGACGAAGUCAAGACGGGUCAACGUGUUCUUCUUGCUUGGGGAAUGCAACUGAUGAACCAAGUCGGAGGAAUUAACCUAGUGGUAUACUAUGUGCCCACCGUGUUGAAAAACAAUGUGGGGAUGACUGGUCAACUCCCGCAGAUCUUGGGUGGAUGCAUUCAGAUUAUGUUUAUGUUGGGAUCUCUUCUGCCCGCAUUCAUGUUAGACCGCAUGGGUCGUCGUCGAACGAUGAUGAUCGGCUCGUUCGGCCUGGGGGUUUGCAUGCUCAUGGUCGCAGCUCUCUUAUCACAAGUCGACAAGCCGAACGGGACAUCUUACGCCUCCGCAUCCGUAUCUUUCUUCUUCCUCUAUAUGCUCAUUCAUGGCAUGUCCAUCAACUCGGUACCGUGGGUGUAUGUACCGGAGAUCCUUCCUCUAGAUGCUCGCAGCAAGGGAACAGCUAUUGGCGUUAGCUCUAACUGGCUCUGGAACUUCACCGUGGUCAUGAUCACUCCUGUGAUUAUCAACCGCAUCCAGUGGAAAGCUUACUUGAUCUUCAUGAUCACCAACUUUAUCUUCAUUCCAGUCGUCUAUUUCUUCUACCCCGAGACUGGCAAUUUGCGUCUGGAGGACAUUGACCUGAUUUUCUCUCGGGGCGGUGACCCUGUGAAGCAGGCACGACUAAUGGCUGCCGAAAUCAAAACCCAUGGCUAUCUUCAGUCAGAGGAAAUCGGCAAUGAAAAGCACCCUGAAAUUGUCAAGGUGGAGCAUGUUUAA